CGGGACAUCAGUCACACAUCCACCCAGGCGGAGGACAUACCGGUGCGCGGCGCUCAUCCAAAACCAGCAGCGAUGCCUCACUCCUUGUUCCACCUGUGCGUCCUGGGACUCCUCGCCAUCUCAUCCGCCUGUUACAUCCAGAACUGCCCCCGUGGAGGGAAACGAGCGCUCCCGGAGACUGGGAUCAGACAGUGCAUGUCGUGCGGCCCCGGAGACAGAGGCCACUGCUUCGGCCCCAGUAUCUGCUGCGGGGAGGGCCUCGGCUGCCUGCUGGGCUCCCCGGAAACGGCUCACUGCGUGGAGGAGAACUACCUGCUCACCCCCUGCCAUGCAGGAGGGAGACCCUGUGGAUCUGAGGGAGGACGCUGCGCUGCUUCGGGACUCUGUUGUGACUCAGAGAGCUGUGCGGUGGACCCUGACUGCCUGGGGGAGAUCGAGGCCUCAGAUCCGGACCGCGGCUCCGCAGGGAGCUCUGCUGCAGAGUUGCUGCUGCGCCUCCUGCAUGUGGCCACCAGAGGGCAGACUGAGCACUGAUACUGUUCUCUGUGGAGGCUCCUCUGGCUCUCGGGGGCCCUGCAACAGAAGGAAGAUCAUCCCUAUUCCACCUUGAGAUUUGAACCUUGAACCAAUUAUAUGCUAAGUCAAACUUUGUUGUGUCUUAACCCCUGCUGCCAUGAUAUUUCACGGAAAGAGAACUACCUUUCACUUCAGUAAUUGGCUAUUUUCAUCCACAUCCUGAUGGAGAGGGACACUGCUUCUAAAAAGUAGAUGUCAAGUUUGUUCCAACCUUAGAAAUGUAUAUACUUAUGCACAUAAUGUAAACACAACUGUAUUCUAUAUGAGAGGAUAAAACACACCUCAGAGCUCCGUUUUAAAUACGAAUUAUAGCAGAAAACACUGUAAAUAAGUCAGAGAUCAGAGAUUACAGACAUCCACGUAAAACAGCUGAAUGUUGAUGCUAAAGCAGUUCCUUCUUGUGUAGUAGACAUAUUACUGUAUAUUGAAAAUAGGAGAAACAAUACAGAAUGUAUCAAUACCAAAAACAAAA